GCAUCAUUUUAUUUGCGUUAAUUUGUGUACAUCUGCUUUUUCCACUUUUAAUUACUACAGUGUAUUUGAUCAUAUUCUCGAAUCACGAUCUCGAGAGCCCUCCGACCAUCAGGAGGAAGGUAAUAGCGUACAUUUAAAUAAUAUUAAUAUUUACAUCUGAUUGGUCACCAUAAUUCCCCAGCACUUAUAAGUGUAGGAAAAUGGUUCUACAGAUCAGACAUUUAUUCAAGGCUUGUGUCCCUGCCACUUGUCACUUUAAAAUUAAUAUAAUCUCACUAUUGGCUUCUCAUUUUAUUUUUUAAUUUCUCGAAUUUUUGCGUUAUUACACACUUGAACAUUUUUUAUUUUGUCCUUCCUCUCAUCUAUAUGUAGGAUAUUUCUACGUAAUUUGUUCUCUUAAUACACCAUCAGUAUAAUGAUUAUAUUAAAAAUUAUAAUUAAUUAGUGUGCAUAUCAUUGAACAGCGAAUAUAGGUUACCUAUGUAAUAUUAUAGUGUGUAAUUUAAAUUAUUUAUUAUUUUAUUUUAUCUUUUAUAUUGAACAAUAUUAUUGUUUUUUAACCUUGGCAUUAUCAGCAUUAAAUAACUAGGUACUGUGAAACUUGGAUUUAACGGAACCUCUCUCAACGGACUAAAUGGCAAGUAUCUACAAAAAUAUGUAUUCCAGUGUAGUUUGAUCUGUCUAUAAGUUAUAAUGGACCCGUUUCUAUUAUGGCACAUGUAGUAAAUAGCAAAUAUUUCUCUCUGAUACCAGUGAUACCUUGGUACCUAACCAAUAAACUAUAUAUUUCAUGGUAAAGAUUACGACCACGUACAUCAAUAUUCCUAGAGAGAUACCAUUCCUAUAUAUUAUAUAUUAUUAUACAUCAAGGUUUUUAAAUACUAUUAUAUCGCCAAACGUUAUUUGUGUAUAUUUAUAAUUAUGUAGCCAUGUAUGAUGUAUGUUUAGUGUUUAGUUACCUAUGUGUGUACCUUGCACUUAUGUGUAAUAUUAUGUAAUAUCUACUAUCAGUUUUUUUUUUUUUCAUAAAAAUACUAAAACCUUCAACGGACACUUUUGAUGGUUUCGUGAUUAUUCAUUAUUAUACAGGUUUCAGUGGAUUUCACUGUAUAAUUUAAAAUAUUAUUAAUAUUAAAUUAGAACUGUGUAAGCCACUAUACGGUUUACCAAAAUAUAUUUUAUAUAGUUUUUAUGAUGUAACUACUACGGUGUUUGCAUUAUUUCAUUAGUUACCUCCAUUUUAAAUUAUUGAAUCUUUAACUAAAAUAGUGAUGACUGAUGACUGAUUGGCUUUCAACAUUUCAUAUCUUGAAUACAGUAACAGUAGAAAAUAAACCAUGCCGAGCUUCGCAGCGGUGUUGAUUGCGAUUUGCGUGUGUCCAGCGCUGCUUCAACGUACUCCUGUCAAUGCCGCAAACAUCCUGGCAGUGCAGACGAUUCCUGGUAAGAGCCACUGGAACGUGAUGCGGGCUGUGCUGCGGGUGUUGACUGACCGCGGCCACACCGUAACUGUGUUCACACAGUUUCUAGAUGGUGACCGAGACGGUUAUAUCGAAGUGGACGUGUCCGAGGAAACGGGACCGCGACUCGGUCUAGAUGCCUCGUUCUUGAUCGAAAACUUCGGAACCACGCGAAAGUUGAUGGCGAACAUGGAGAUAGCCACCCGGACGAAUUGCGAUACGAUUUACAAACAUCCACGUAUGGCGGACAUUUUGAAAGGCGCAUCGACGAGGGAAUUCGAUUUAGUCAUCACCGAACCACUGGUGUCCGAGUGUGUGGCGUACAUGGCCACCGUGCUCCGCGUCCCUAUGGUGUAUGUUGUUCCGCCACCGAUCGUCACGUACCUGGAACGUCCUUUGACCGGCCACGUUUCAAAUCCGGCGGUCGUGGGGCACGUUCUGUCAGGUCACGGCGUUCCGAUAACGUUUGCACAACGUUUUGCCAACGUGGUGCUGACGGUAUACUGUUCAACGCUGAAGUGGUACAACGAACGGCAGCUCCGUCUUGCCAGCCCUCAACCGUAUGAUGCCAUAGACCUGGUCAAACCGUCGAUAAUUUUCACCAACACACAUUUCAUUACUGAACCGGCUAGGCCGCUAACGCCCGACGUCAUCCAGAUCGGCGGCAUUCAUUUAACUCCGCCAGAGCCGAUACCGAAGGACAUUUUGGAAUUCAUUGAUGAUGCGCCUCAUGGAGUGAUUUACUUCACGUUUGGUUCGGUGGUUUCGAUGUCGUCGUUACCGGAAAAUGUUCAGAACGCGUUCCGAAAGGCACUCGCUCAAGUUCCGCAAAAGGUGUUGUGGAAAUACGAAGGAGAAAUGAAAGACAAACCGAAGAAUGUGAUGACACGGGAAUGGUUUCCGCAACGUGAUAUACUUUUGCAUCCCAAUGUGAAACUGUUUAUCAGUCAUGGGGGCAUAUCCGGAGUGUACGAAGCUGUGGACGGGGGUGUGCCUGUAUUAGGCUUUCCCUUUUACUACGACCAACCAAGAAAUAUUGACAAUUUGGUGAACGCCGGAAUGGCAAUCUCAAUGGAUCUGUUAUCUGUUACUGAAGAGACAUUUUUAAACGCCGUUUUGGAGAUUGUCAUUAACGAUAGGUACCAAAAAAAACGCUAAAAUAGCUUCCGAACAGUUCAAAGACCGAUCCAAGUCACCCGCGGACUCUGUAGUUUACUGGACUGAGUACGUUUUACGUCAUAACGGUGCACCUCAUUUAAAAUCCCAUGCUCUAAAUCAGACAUGGUAUCAAUAUUUU